AUGUUUAUCAAGCAGAGUUACAGCAGCUCCAGCCACAUCCUGUUUUACUGUACGCUCCAGUGGCAGUUCGUUGUUAGUGCCACGCUAGUCAAACAUUUACUCAGAGGGAGCCAAUCGGAUCGCAGCCCUGCGAAUCAAGCCCGCCCCCGCGGUGUGAGUCUGAGAAACUGGAGAUCAAGAAUAUUCUAUUUCUUGAACACUUCCUCUGCCACGGCACCUUCUAAUUCACCCACAAAACUGAGCAGGAUGACGACUGAACAGGUGAAGAUGUGGGCACAGUCGCUGGAUCACUUGCUGAGUGACAAAUAUGGAAAAGUAGCUUUUCAUAUCUUCCUGAAGAGUGAGUUUUGUGAGGAAAAUAUAGAGUUUUGGAUGGCCUGUGAGAAAUUUCGACACAUCAAGUCGCCAUCCAAGCUCAGAUCCAAAGCAAAGAAAAUUUAUGAAGAAUUUGUCAAGACCGAAUCACCAAAAGAGGUGAAUCUCGAUUUCAAAACGAAAGAGGCCAUCCUCCAAGCUCUACCCUUCCCAGACCAGUCCUGUUUCCUCACCGCCCAGAGAAGAGUCUUCUUCUUGAUGGAGAAUAACAGCUACACCAGGUUCAUCCAGUCGGAGCUUUACCGGGAUCUCUAUGCUCUCACUGAAGUUAGAACUCCUCAGGCCCUACCGAGAGAGAUCUGA